AUGUCUUCCAGAACGGGCAAGCAAUCUUAUGACCAAAAAACCGCACAAUGGAACUCGGAUUUCGCAGACCACUCUGAGCCAAGCGUUCGACAUUCACACAAAUCGCACAGGAGCCAACAGAGAACCACUUCUGACCUCUGCAAGCAGCCAGAGGAUGUUUGCCGGACUGCUGUGGGGAGUAAACAGCAAGAUGUGGCAGACACGACGGAGAAGGAAAGGAGAUUGCAACGCGAGCUGGAACAAGAAAGAGCACUCUCUGCAACGUUGCGAGCAGAGAAUGAGAAUUAUUACAACGAAACUCGUCCCCAUCUCCAGUUCCUCGAAUGCCAAAAUUGGAAAAUGGCAGGAGAGCUUGCCAGAUUGAAGGCCAUCCCAAAAGGGAACACAACUGGCCAUGUCGUACCCACGGAGGCGAGCACCGCGCUAGAAAAACAGGUCGAUACGAUGAUAAUGCAGUACGUGGUUCAACUCAGGCAUGAAAUCUGCGAUCUUAAGCGCCAGACCAGUAUAUUGGCAAACGACAAUAGGAAUCUCGAGGAGAAGAAGAGGAAGCUGGAGCGACGAUACAAUGCAUUGGCAGCCGAGAGGGGACGAUAUGCACAGUCGGAAGGGUCAACGCGACGAUCUUCUCGGAUGGGUCGAGGGACUUACUGA